UGUCCGUCGAGACAGUGAAAGGAGCUUUCAACAGUCUUCAGUCUUCAGAGUCAAUCUCCAUUCCGUCUUUUGAGCAUACCCCGUUCCCCAAUUCCGACAUCUUACUCUCUUCCAGCCCAUUCACUCCGACGACAGCUCAGCAUUUCUCCGGAGCACACCAUCUAAUUUCGCCAUGCCCUCUUUUCCAUCAAAAGGCGGAGUGCCCAUGCUUGGUCAAGCGGGUCCAUCGCGACAAGCCUACCUCAUUAAACUUCCAGAGGACAUAAUAUCUGCGCUGGAAAGCUCACAAGGAGCAUCUGUGACUGUUGGUAUGGAUGGCAGCGUGACACUCAAUGUGCCCGACCAAGAUCCUAUGCCACUCGAUGCUCGUCCGGCUUCUACGGCAUCUGAAAUACACCGUCUGUCUUCUGGUCCUAGCCCCACUUUAAAGCUUGCGGCUCUAGCAACAACCCGUCUCAAUAUCCCCUUCUCGUCGGCCUCUACCGCUCGUGCAGCAGAUAAGCUGCGUGCCCAGACAGAUGCCCUUGAGAAGCAAAGAAAGGAGCGUGCUCUCAAAGUAGACGGCAUCAAGCGACAUACCGAUCGGGUAGCGUCUGGAGCAAUGUCGGCGCCGAUGGCUGUGACGACGUCCGCACCCGGAGCUGUCUGGGGCUCUGGUACGGGGACAGGCAGCAUCCCCCUGAAAACAAGAGUCAUGCAGUACUUGGCGAUGGGCGAGACUACUCAGGAGGAUUUAUGUCGACGGAUGGGGGGAGAUGAACAAAAUGUCAUGCGAGUAGUCAAAGUGGUUGGUCGACCUUCCAAAACGCAGCCGGGGUCAUGGUCUCUUCAACCCAAUCAAUAUUCGAAAAUCAAACUUGGUGCUGGUCAAUGGCCUUACACUUAUGCUGAACAGCAACAAGUCAUCCGGCUCGCAUAUGCCGCUUUUGAUGAGCUUGGCUUGCCUGCCAAUUCAGAAGAGCGAAUGGAGUUUGAGAAAAAGGAGAGGGACGCAUCAAACGCUUUUGCUAACCGAUCCUCUGACGAAUCAGAGAAAAACGCACCACAGCUCUCUAAUGCCGCGAAUACCUCGACGCUGCAAUCGAACGCAGUCACCUCGGUGCGGGAACGGGAUAAGGCGCGCACCGAGUCUCCUGCCCCGGUCACGCGGCAGAAGGUACCUACCAAACGAGGUCCCCAGUCAAAAAUUGCUAAAGAGAGAGCCAAAUUUGUGGCUGAAAGACAGAGAGCAGGUAGCGGAAGUCUGCCCAAUAUCAAGGGGCCAAACGGAAUUGCCAGUCCUAGGCUAGGCCCUACAGCCAGUCCCUCUGUCUCUCCUGAGAAAAAGGAUCCUAACAAAUUUAAGGAUGGAGAACAUAAGGAGAAGGAGGUGGCCAAGGGAAAGGAACGAAAAGACGAAUCGCGCAGGCGUGAGGAGAAAAAGGAGAGGGAGAGGGAGGAAGAAAAGAGUCGUGAGACGGAAUUGUCCGCAAUAUCGAAGACGAAACGCUCCAAAACUACCUACGAUUACUCGUCAAAUGAAGAUGCUGCGUCAAAUCAGAUAGAGGUCAAGACGACCAAAACGAAAGGCGUCAACAACCACAAGAAGAAGACCGAAGACAGCCCAAGAGAGAAACUUGCACCACUUGCUGAGAUUGUACGAAAAAAGGAAAAGCGGGCGAGGAAAGUUGAUUACUCUGACUCAAGUGGAGAGGAAGGAGAGAUCAGGGGUCGACCCAAAGCCAGGGUCACAUCAGACGAGGCUGCUCGGUCCAACAAGCAUAAGCGCCGUGAUUCAGAGUCAAGGCGCAAGCCGAGUCGAGAUCGUAACGACAGCGACAAGCGUGAUGUGGAAGAUCGAAGAAUAGAAGACAGUCUCCGUACACAUAGUCAACAAUCCAAGUCAUCUCGCGAGACAUCUUCACAUCGUAGUCCGCCCGAAAUGGCCGUCAACUUGGCAAGUCGGUCAGGCCAGCCUGCUGACCCAGAAGCUCUUCGCGACCGGUACGAAGAGCUCUACCCAGCUUAUAAUUUACUUGCAAACAAGCUUUCUAAAAUUCAUCAGAUGGCUGAAAGUGGUAAAGAACUAGGAUCAAGUGAAGCGGAGAUUAAGAAGAUGGUUGGCAAAUGGGAGAAGUGGCAUAAAGAGCUGACUGAGAUCCGGCGGUGGUUUGGGGAAGUAUGACCUACCAGGAAUGCUUGUAGAAGGUAAAGCGGGACAUACUUAUAGACAGGCCAGUAAUUUUGUACCUAGAGGUGAUCUUAUAGCAUUUUGUUGUUGUGCAUUUGGGAUUUUCAGUCGUCAAACACCAGACGAGUGAGAUGAGAUGGAUGUCGUUGACAUGACGU